AUUCUCCCAUCAAAAACUUCAAACAAUCUCUGCAAAAUGUUUCCUUAAAUCCUUACCCUAGAGAGAGGUUGAAGAAGCAAUGAGGUAUAUUCGAACAGGCAGCUUCAAGAGGCUCUUCUCCAUGAAGCGUCAAAGCUUAGAAGAUUUGCCAAAAGAAUGCAUUUUUAUGAAACAAGAAGAAGCAUACAACAAUGGCGAAACAGAGUCUUUCAAGAAACCCACUUGGAAAUGCUUCUCUUUUGAAGAGAUUUAUGUUGCCACAAAUGGGUUCUGCUCAGAAAACAUGGUUGGUAAAGGAGGGUAUGCAGAGGUUUACAAAGGGGUGUUAGAAGAUGGACAGACAAUUGCUGUGAAAAGACUAACACAGAUAUCAUGUGAUGAAAGGAAAGAGAAGGAGUUCUUGACAGAAAUAGGAACACUUGGUCAUGUAAAUCAUCCAAAUGUUUCAUCUCUUUUGGGUUGUUGCAUUGACAAUGGUCUUUAUCUCAUCUUUCAAUUCUCCUCCAAAGGUUCUGUGGCUUCUCUUCUUCAUGACGAGAAUUUAUCGAUAAUGGACUGGAACACGAGGUACAAGAUUGCAAUCGGGACCGCUCGAGGGCUUCAUUACUUGCACAAAGUAUGUCCAAGAAGAAUAAUCCAUCGCGACAUUAAAGCAUCCAAUGUUUUGGUCACCAAAGAUUUCGAGCCUCAGAUAUCGGAUUUUGGGCUCGCCAAAUGGCUUCCUUCACAAUGGACACAUCAUUCGAUUGCCCCAAUCGAAGGGACAUUUGGACAUUUGGCACCCGAGUAUUUUAUGCACGGUGUCGUGGACGAGAAAACAGAUGUUUUCGCUUUCGGGGUUUUUUUACUUGAAAUUUUAUCCGGCAAGAAAUCCGUCGACGGGUCACAUCAAAGCUUGCACGGUUGGGCGAAACCGAUACUAAACCAAGGAGAGGUCGAAAAAAUCGUGGACCCGAGGCUUGAAGGGGCCUACGAUUUUUCACAACUCAGUAGGCUCGCCUUUGCAGCUUCUCUCUGUAUUCGAGCAUCCUCCACAUGGCGACCUACAAUGAGCGAGGUACUCGAGGUGAUGUUUGAAGAAGAAAUCGAUAAAAACAGAUGGAAAAUGCCUGACGAAAAAUUAGAAGAACAUGACGAGUUUUGGGGUUUUGAGGAUCUUGAGUUUGAAUCUUGUGAUAGCAGUACCUUCUCGGUUUUUCUCCAAGAUUCAGUCUCGACCAAUAGCAAUUAGCUAGGGAGAAUGUACGAUAACAUCUAUAGAUGGUUCAUGUGUGUGUAUAUAUAUGUGUGUGUGCAUUCUAUCUCACACGAAUAAUACAGAUGCAAUCGAUUGGAUACUCGAUAUUGUUAUCUUGUGAGGAAGGAAUAUAUGCACUUGAACCACAAAAACAGAUUUUGUUAUGUAUAUACACUUCUUAUUACGUCGAUAUAAUAAU